CCCAGAGAGUCUGUCAAACUCAUGGCCGAGAGUGCAGAAGUGGAACUCAGCGACGAUGUGGCUGCUUUGCUGGUUGAAGAUGUCUGCUACCGGCUUAGGGAAGCCACACAGUCACAGGCGGUAGGGCUGCCGUUCCCCACCAAUGGGAGGUCGUUCACAUCGGGCAUGAGGACCACCUCCCAGUCGGUGAUCAAGCGUCAGAAAGUGAACCAGGGAGAUGCACCCAACCCUGUGGUGUUUGUGGUCACGAAAGACACCAGGGCUCUGAGGAAACACCUGACCCAGUCUGAGAUGCAGCGUGCAGCCAGAAAACCUCACCUCCCCUGUCAGGGUCAAGCUGCCCUUAGGCCCCCGGCCCCUGGUACUGCCCAUCAUGCCAUCCAGCACCAGCGAGCCCAUCGUCCUGGAGGACUAAGGUGGGGCUGAGAGCCCCC